CUCUUCUUCCUCUGACCACCAUCAGGUUCUGUCCUGAUUGUGAUUCCAUUGUCGCGUGGUUCCUCCUGAAUCUCUACUCCUUCCAGAUUAAUCCUUGGUCAAUUUUUUGUCGCUCUUUAUUACCGACCUUUUUCUUUUCCUUCAUUUUACCACCACCACUAUGUCUCACGAAGGGAAGGGUCAGGAGGACCAGAUGUCAGAGGUCAUUUUCGAAGCGGAGAAGGGAAAAUUCGAAGGGGAAUCGCCUCUUCCAUCGCCAGCUGUUGCAACAACCCCAAAGCCGAAGCCAAAACUCUCCGCGACGAUGAUAAUACCUGUCUGGAUUGUUCUCAGUUCAACAGUUAUUAUCUACAACAACUACCUCUACAACACCCUCGACUUCAAGUAUCCUGUUUUUACAGUAACCUGGCAUCUCACUUUUGCUGCAAUAGGGACGCGUGUCCUUCAGAAAACGACGUCGCUGUUAGAUGGUGUCAAGGACGUAAACGUUACGAAGGACAUGUUCUUGAAAUCCAUUCUUCCCAUUGGGGUGCUCUUCAGUGCCAGCCUUAUCCUCAGCAACACUGCCUAUCUGUAUCUGAGCGUAUCUUACAUACAGAUGCUGAAGGCUUUCACACCAGUGGCAAUCCUCCUUAUAUCAUGGGUGAUUCGCAUACAGGAACCCAGCAGAAAACUGGCCGCGAUUGUGCUUCUCAUCUCGGUCGGUGUCGCUCUUGCUUCGCAUGGUGAGCUGAGGUUUAACCUCUUUGGUUUCAUCGUUCAAUCCGCUGCCGUCGCUUUUGAGGCCUCCCGGCUUGUUAUGAUCCAACUGCUCCUUCAUGGACUCAAGAUGGAUCCUCUUGUCUCUCUGCACUACUACGCCCCGGUCUGCGCAGCCUUGAAUCUACUGGCCUUACCGUUCACAGAGGGUCUCGCACCUUUCUAUGAACUCGCAAGGAUAGGUCCCGUCAUCCUGAUCAGCAACGCUUCGGUUGCGUUUUUACUCAAUAUCGCCGCUGUGUUCCUGGUUGGCGCCGCCAGUGGACUUGCAUUGACACUCGCUGGCGUUUUCAAGGAUAUCUUAUUGAUCACCGGUUCCGUUUUGAUCUUUGGCUCGCCUGUAACGCCGCUACAGGUUUUCGGGUACUCGAUAGCUCUAGGUGGUCUCGUUACCUAUAAGCGAAUUGGCUUGAAGUAAAUCGAUCAAUGUAGAAAACAACAUUUCCUCCAAUGUCCUUUCUCCCUUUCUGGAUUAUUAGGCUUUCGUGUACGCGUUAAGGGUGUUUGUCUCUGCAUAUUCUGUAUAUGUGACACUCAUGGUUUCUUUCUGCUAUUUAUUUACGGAUAAUUGGUUUUUUGUAGAGGUAUCGGAACAUCCAUGGACGCUAUUAAAAUUAUUUGCAUACGUUCCGGGGUAAUAAGAUGGGUAUUCUGAAGAUUUGAUUUCGGGCUGUACGCAAUGAUAUUAUUAGUA